GUUUCCAUUUGCUCAUUAACUGAACCACCAAAGAGAAACGUCGAUGGAAAAGUGUUAAAAAAUUGCAGUGAUUUUUCCAAUUGAAUUUUUGAAUGGUGUUUUUAGUAAUUGUGGCUCUGCCUGAACCAAGGAAGAAAGGGAUUAAGGAUUUUCCCUGAGUGCAAAAGCUUUCUUUAAGAGGAAUAUUCAAAAAAUAAUCACAAUGGUGGUUCAUAAAACGUUAGAUCGUGCCUACAAUCUGGAGUUACUCAGCUACUUGUCCCUCAUCGUUGCCGGCAGCCUCAUCUAUGCUCUGUCUGGCUACCUGAAGCUUUUGCUUGUUGCCCUAAAGCUCCCUGGACCCCCGGCGGUACCCUUUAUCGGCAACAUCUUGAUGGUCGGCGACAAGAAUGUUAUGGUCAAUGAUGCAGCUAAGGCAUUCUCCCUAUAUGGCACACUUAUCCGUCUUUGGGGGUGCAUAUUUCCAGCUUUCGUAGUACUGGAUCCGCACGAUUUGCAAAUAAUUCUUUCCUCUCGGAAACAUACUGACAAAGGUUUUUUCUACAAGCUCAUGCAUAACUUCCUCGGGAAUGGUCUGAUUACGAGUAGCGGAGAUAAAUGGAGUGUCCACAGAAAGCUCAUUCAGCCCAGCUUUCAUCUCAACAUCCUCGAGAAAUUCAUUGGAACCUUCAACGAUAGCUCCCAGUGUUUACUGGAUAAAUUUAAAGCUGCCGAGGGUGAGAUAAACAUUACAGAUUUUGUGAACAACUGCGUUCUGGAUAUUCUCAACGAGGCGGUACUUGGUGUUCCAGUGUUCCGAGAAGACAAAGAGAUGGAAAAAUCCCCUUUUAGACAAGGAAAAGUCGUGAUGCCAUACCGCGUGAUCCGUCCAUGGCUUCUGCUCAAUUGGGUGUACAAAAUGACAGAUACGGCAGCAUCCGAACUGAACCAGAAGAAACAAUUGGAUAACUUCACACGCAAAAUGAUCCAGAUCCGAAGGGAAGCUAAGCGAACUGGCAAUCUUGGUGAAAGGAAGUGCUUGCUGGACUACCUUAUCGAUAUAUCCGACCAAGUACCAGAAUUCACGGAAGAAGACAUCAUCAAUGAGGCUUGUACAUUCAUGUUGGCUGGUCAGGAUUCAGUUGGAGCUGCUGUCGCUUUCACUUUCUUCAUGCUGGCUCAGAAUCCUGAAUGCCAGAAGAAAUGCAUUGAGGAGAUUGAUACCAUCUUCGAUGGGGAUACUCGUGCUCCAACCAUGAAAGAUUUGAGGGAGAUGCGGUAUCUUGAGCAGUGUAUCAAAGAGACUCUUAGGUUAUAUCCCAGUGUACCGCUUCUGGCCAGGAGACUUGGUGAGGACGUACGCGUUGGAGAGCACAAUCUCAUUGCUGGAAGUCACAUCUUCAUUGUUCCCUAUGCCAUUCAUCGGCUUCCCUACAUCUAUCCGGAUCCCGAGAAAUUCGAUCCAGAUCGAUUCCUGCCUGAAGAGGUUGAAAAACGAAAUCCCUACGCUUUCUUGCCCUUCAGUGCGGGUCCACGGAACUGUAUAGGACAUAAAUUUGCCAUCCUCGAAAUGAAAACCAUCAUCUCAAAGAUCCUGAGGCACUUUACACUGCAUCCUGUGGCUGGAAAGCAGGACAUCAAACCCUCCUUCCGAGUAACUCUCAGAGCUACUGGUGGACUGUGGAUCCGAAUGGAGAGGCGAGAUAAGAUCUGACUCUGUUUCAAAUGAGACCUCCAUUUCUUCCCCUUAAAAGUCCAAUAAGAACAUUUUCACACAUUUUUUUUUAAAUGUUUGUUUUUAUUUGCAAACUAUGAAUAAUUUGUGAACUGUAACUUAUUUGCAGUUAUAACUUAUUGUGUAGUUUCGACAAAAGCUCUACAUUUUAAAUUUAAAAAUUAUAUGCUGAGGGAUAAGAAGCAAGAAUCAAGAAAUGCACAGAAUUUUGGACGGGGAUUCUCUAAGGAACUGAUAGAUUGAAUGGAAUUUUAUAGUGCCAUUGAAUGUUGAAGGGUUUUCCUUCCUAAAAAAGAAUCACUCAGUAGAGAAAAAAUCAUCAUAUAUUUUACUCUUUUAGAUUUUUUUGUCAGACAAAAGAACGAAACUGUAACACUUAAAAAAAUGGUGAAUAAAAUACAGGACAUAGAAAAAAGGA